AUGUAGUUGUCAUGUAUGUUCUGUGAUCAUAAAGGGAGUCUGCCAGGAUUAUUGAAUAUGGCUCUUUACUCAAGGUAUCAGACUGAUUUUUGUUAACUAUAAUUACGCAGCCAAACUACUAUUCGCUUCUAGGAUUAGGCAUGUUUAGAGGAGUUAGAAGAUUAUUACACCUUUCCACAUUUGAAAGAUAAUCAAAAGCAGCUGAUUGAAUAUUAUAGAUAUCAUAGAGACAUCCCUAGGAUUUUCAUCAAGAACAUUACUCCUUAAUUGGAAGCUUAUCAUGAGAAGCAAAGAGAGAUUAGAUACAAGAAGAUAAAGAAAUAAUUAGGGAUGCACGUUUAGGACACAACUAGAGAUAAUAUGAUAUAUUCAUUUAAGGCUCUGAAAGGGCUAAGUGAACUAUAGACAACAAGAUAAUUACAACAAUUGGUCAAAUAGAUCAAACCUCUUUUUUAUGAUAAAAGUGCGAUUGCUACAUUGAUAUAACAACAAAAGUAGUAAAUGGUACAAUCUCCUCAACUGAAGAAAUUAUUGAAAAUGGAUAAUAUUAAUACUGUUACUACUCAAGCGACGAAGAGAACUUAUCAUACUUAUCAUACGCUUUAAGAUGUAAAAAAGAAGGGUCACAAAAAACAACUCACUUUAUGCACAGAGCAUUCUCCUGAAGAUAGGAAUGAUUUCUAUAAGAGAUGGUCUGAUGUUUUAAGUCAUAGAUAAUUAUAAUAUCAUAAAAAUAAAAUUAAAAAUACUCUUCUCAACAAAAAGACAUCACUUAAAUGA